AUGAGUGCCAAUCACGAAGACAACUCUACAGCCCAAGCACCCAAGGGACCAGUUCUCUGUAAAAUGGGUUGCGGCUUCUUUGGCAGCGAUGCGACAGGUGACUGUUGUUCCAAGUGCUUUAUGGAUUCCCUCAAGAAGAAGUCGGACAAGUGUUUGCCAGUCUCUCGCACUCCCGCGUCUCCUCUUCCUACUCCUGUCGAGUCUGAGACAGAACAAGAGCCAGAGCAUGAGCCAGAACCACAACCACAAGCAAUGGAAGUGGACACUCCGGCUCCCAUGCCAAUCAAGAAGAAGAAGAAGAAGAAGCAAUCCUACAAGAAUAUGAUGAAGGCCAUGACGUCGGGCGAUACGAGCCGCGACGUCAAGCAAGAACAGCGCGAGAAAAUUGGAACAGGCGUUGGAGGGGGAGCCUUUAGCAAGAUUGAAAAGAUCUAA